UAUCAAUUGAAUGCGCUUUAUUUUAAUAACCGUGUAGUUGUCAAACAUCAACGCCGAAAAGAAAAUUCUCGUAAAGCUUCUAACGCCAACUACCGAAGCACCACACCACCAUGGGACGCCGCAAAUCGAAGAGAAAGCCCCCGCCGAAGCGUAAAAACAUCGAACCGCUGGAUCAACAGUUCAACUGCCCGUUCUGCAAUCACGAAAAAUCCUGCGAGGUUAAAAUGGACAAAAGUCGAAACUCGGCCCGGAUUACCUGCAGGGUUUGCAUGGAGGAUUACCAGACAACCAUCAACUUCCUGUCGGAACCGGUCGACGUGUACAAUGACUGGGUGGAUGCGUGCGAAACUGCUAACUAAGGAAGGAUUAGAUUUUUAGCAAAUAAGACGACGGUGUUUAUAAUAGCCCACCGGAGUGAUAGGCCGAAUUUAGGUUUAUUGUUGAUUUCACAGUGGGGAAGAGAAAAUCGUCUUCAUUUUAAAUAUAAGUAAUAUUCUGAUAUAAGAAUAUAAGUAAUAUUCUGAAAUAAAGCUAACAUCGAGCAUCAA